GUGUGUGUGUGUGUGUGUGUGUGUGUGUGUGUGUGUGUGUGUGUGUGAGUGAGAGAGAGAGCUUUGUUGAACGCUGAAGUGGGACACUGGAGCGCGCGCAAGUGAACAGAGCCACGAGCCGCGGGGGGAGUGUUAGUGAGGAUGAGGAGAAAACCGCAAAACCAGAACCAGAACCUUCAUCACGUUCAUCAUCUCAAACCUGUGCAGGACAGUCCUGCUCUUCCAGAUCUGCAAACCUCAAGAUCAACAGACCAGAAGCUCUGAUCUCAACAGAAGUUCAGUUCUUCAUGCGUUCCUGCAGGACUGAUGGAACACAAGGCUUUGGGUAAACCCUUUACAGUUUCCAGACUACCAAAGUUUGGUUCUCGGCCUGUGAACCCCCCCGGCUCUCUGCCAAAUGGUACCGUCCACUCUCGGCUGCCCCCCGAGGUCAGGAGCAGCUCUGGAAAGUUCAGUGGAGUGGUUCGGCCCUCGUCCAGCUCCAUAAAGUAUGGCAGCUCUGGCACGCCCCCAAAUCAGGAGCUUCCCAGUGAGAAACGAGAGAAUCGUGUCGUUCACUCUCCAGGAUCUCGAGCGAACAAGAAACCUUACCCCUCACUAAAGACAGGAAACAGAUCUGCCUCAACAGGAAGUCCAAAACCAGCACCUGAAUCCCUGAGGUCCACCUCAAACACUAAAACCGGCUCUACCUCACCUUGUGGCUUUAAACUGACCCAGAAUGGAACUGCAGACUCUAUCGGUGGAGGUCCGAGACUCCAGAAGUCGAGAGAUAAUACGAGCUCCAGUAACGGCGUUCCUCAUUCUGGCGGGAUGGUGCGCUCACAAAGUUUCAGUCACUUCAGACAGCGUCUGCCUGGAUCUUCAGCCAUUCCACGAUCCUUCUCCUUCAACAAGGCCGUAGAACUCGCCAAGCCUCUACCCAACACCCAGCUCUGCCCUGUUAGAAUGCUGGGACUCAAACCCCCACAAUGCAUCAGUAGCAGUAGACUGGGUGUUGGCUUUGGGAAGAGUUUUACUGAUCACUUAUCUGCUAGAGCGCCUUUUUCAGGGUGUUCUACGCCCCCUAGUGGCUCAAAGAAACCUUCACUUUCCAGCAAUGUGCUGAGGAAGCCCUUGUCUCUGAGCCACACACUGUCCCAUGUGAUCACUGCUAAACCACAGCGCCCACAUGUGGGAGGGACGAACCAAGAAAUAACCCCACCAGGGUCCGGUCCGGAUGGUGAGCAGUUUGGGAAAUCGUCUCCAGCUGACGUUCCUGACGGAUCAGAGGAAAUGUCUGUUUCUUCUGCUUCCUCAGAUAGAAACUAUACCUGUGAGGACCUGCUGGACGACUUUGAUCACAUGGGUGGCGCUGUGAGCUUUUCCUCUCUGGAGCUCUCGCCCUCCAGCUCUGGAGGAACAUACAUAUGGGACGAAGAGAUGAUGGAGCCACUCGGACACAACACACACUCAAACACACACACACACAUUGACACACACAACACACACUCACAGCACUGCAGCUGCAGCAUCUUGAGCAGAAUGGACGGAGAGAAAAAUCAUGUGUUUGAUCUGCAGAACGACAAGAUACUGACCACGGAUCAUCCUCAGAACAGAGCAUCAUACAGAGAGGAACCCCAGUGGAGAAACAGCAGAGAGAACCAUUUACAGAACCACAACUGGCUGUUGCUGUUGGAGGGUUUUAAUGGGUCUCCUGAAGUUCAGUCAGGUGGUCACAUGGUGGCGCUAGAGGAGUGCUCUGUGGAGCAGAUGCUGGAGGACUGCUCUUCAGUAAAAGCUCAGCUGCUGCAGCUCCAGCUUCUGCUGCAGAUGGAGGAAAUUGACGUUGGAAUGAACAGUAAAGAAUGGAGUGGAGUAAAUAGCGCCCCUUCCUACCAGAAGAAGGAUAUUCUGAAGGAAGUGACAUCAGUCAGGGAGGAUCUGAAAAACAAAGACGAAAUUACUAAACAACAACGACGACAAAAGCUUCAGCUUCAAAAAUUGCAUCCCUCCCGACCUCCAGAAUCCUCAACAACUUCAGGAACCUUCAGCAAGUUCAGCCUCCAUCGGGGUCCUCAAUAAAACCACAGACUCAGGGUCCGCCCCCAGGCUACAGUCUCCGCCCACUCUGCACACACACACACACACAAUCACAUGAACACAUCCACACACUAACACAAACACACACUGACACACUCUCACACACACACUCACACACGUGCAAUCACAUAAACACAUCCACACACACUCCUUCUUGGUUCUUCUCUCUAUGAUCACUGUAAUAUAAAAAUUACAGCAGAUUGGACUCUUGAAUUCUGACUCUUAUUUAUAUAUAAUUUUUGUUUCAUUUGCAAUAAUUAGUUGUUAUUGCUGCAUUUAUUUAUUGUUAUUUGAUGUGGGUGAUUUGACUGUUUUUUUCUUGCUUUAUUAAUAAACUUUAUUGUGUUAUGUUUUAUAUUUACUGUGUGAAAGUUCAGAUAUAAAGACCAUCAGGGUUCUGCACUGACCCUCACUUAUAAUAAAGAUAUACUGAUUAAUUAAUGUA